UCGCUUAUCGACUGGCAAUGCUAAGUAGCAAUGCUCUUUUACUCGUUCUUCAAGUCGCUUGUGGGCAAGGAGGUUGUCGUGGAGCUGAAAAAUGAUCUCAGCAUAUGCGGCACUCUAAACGCUGUGGACCAGUACCUUAACAUCAAGUUGACAGACAUCAGUGUAACAGAUCCAGAAAAAUAUCCGCACAUGUUGAGCGUGAAGAACUGCUUCAUUCGUGGUUCAGUGGUUCGCUAUGUGCAGCUGCCUGGUGAUGAAGUGGACACACAACUGUUACAGGAUGCUGCGCGAAAGGAGGCGGUUGUGAGCACUAGAUAGGCAUGCUAUUAAGGCUUCGCCUUUGACUUAAGUUAAACUUUUUUAAUUUGCAAGAGCAAAAUAGUCGAAAAGUAUGUACAAUUUGGGUAAUUUGAAUAAUGUCUGCUCUACGUCUACUUCUGUAAGCAAAUUAACUUGAUAAACGAAUCUAGAAGCUAUGUUGAAGAUAUUA